AUGGGUUGUGAUGGUGGUACGAUUCCUAAAAGAGAUGAAUUAGUGAGAAAGAAAAAGAAGGCAGAACAGAAAGAUAAAGUUGCUCAACGGUCAUUUUUAUGGAGGCAUUGUAAUAUUUCUCAGACACCUCUUCACGAUCCUGUUGUAGCUUGUGGUCUUGGGCGCCUUUACAAUAAAGAUGCACUUAUUAUGGCACUUCUUGAUAAAACUCUUUUGCCAGAGACCGCAUUGCAUAUUAAGUCAUUGAAGGAUGUUAAAGAAUUAAAAUUGACUCAUAACCCUGCGUUCGAAGCCAGCAUUGAUAAAGGAGAUCAAUAUGUUGACCACCAAAGCUCACCUUACAUUUGUCCCGUCAUUGGGCACGAGAUGAAUGGAAAUUUCAAAUUUUGUUUCUCUUGGGGAUGCGGUUGUGUUGUAUCGGAACGAGCUAUGAAGCAGCUCAAGUCAAACCUUUGUCACAAAUGCCAGAGUCCAGUUGCUGCAGAAGAUAUUGUUACAUUAAAUCCAGACGGUGAAGAUUUAGAAUUGAUGAAAACGAGAUUGGAAGCUAGGCUAGCUAAAAUAAAAGCAGAAAAAAAGUCAAAGAAAAUAAAAAAAGAAAUUAAAGAAGAAAUUGAUAUUGAUUCCAUAAACCCACCCGAAAAUGGCUGCUCUUCUUCAAGUGAAAUAAUACCUAAAGUUGAAAAAACAGUAACUGUUAAAGUGGAAAAAACUGUUCCAAUCAAAGUUGAAAAAAAUGGUUUUAAGAGGCCAGCUGAAGGAAAUUUAUCUAUGAAAACUGAAGAUUUCAAAAAAACAAAAAGUGAAUAUUCUGUUGCAAAGGAUCCGAAUGCUUCUACUGUUUAUAAAUCAUUAUUCACAUCAAGUUCCAAAGCUCAGAAUCAAACGAAAGCGCAUUGGAUUACUUACAAUCCUUUUUAUAAUUGA